AAUACAAUCAUCCACGUAGGCCCAAUGAGGCGACGGCCGCCUUCUCAUCAGUACUCGCACGCCGCCGUCAACCAGGCAGCGCCGCCGAACCAUCCACUCGCCUGACGGCCCCACCGCGCACGCCGUCAGGCCUACUUCCGGCGAAGCACGACCGUCGAGUUCUUCUCUCCCAGUAGUCUUCCUCAUCGUCCUUCCCACCACCGGAUGGCGUCGAGUGGAGAUCCACCCGGAUCUGCUGAUGAGAAGAAAAGUCCAAAAACAGAAGGAUUAUCCAAUGAACGUCAAGGGGUUCCUCCAGCAGGCUUUUCGAAUCCUUUUGAUUUUGCUUCGAUGCAAAGUUUGCUCAACGAUCCAUCUAUAAAGGAGAUGGCAGAUCAAAUUGCAAGGGAUCCUGCAUUCAACCAGAUGGCUGAACAGCUACAGAAAGGUGCUCAGAGUGCAGGAGAACAGGGCAUGCCUCCCUUGGACCCUCAACAAUACAUGGAAACAAUGCAAAAGGUCAUGGAAAACCCCCAGUUUAUGACAAUGGCAGAGCGUCUUGGGAAUGCUCUUAUGCAGGACCCGGCUAUGUCCACUAUGCUGGAAAGCUUCUCUAGUCCAUCACAUAAGGAACAGCUGGAAGAGCGCAUGUCUCGCAUUAAGGAAGAUCCAGCUUUGAAGCCAAUUCUCGAUGAGUUAGAGAAUGGCGGUCCGGCUGCAAUGAUGAAGUAUUGGAACGACCCUGAAACUCUUCAAAAGAUUGGUCAGGCAAUGGGAACUAGUUUCCCAUUUGAAGCCGGUCCCUCUGUUGAACCUUCUGGUACUGAAGAAACUGAGGAGGAAGAUGGGGAAGAUGAAUCAAUCGUCCAUCACACUGCCAGUGUUGGUGAUGACGAGGGUCUGAAGAAGGCUCUAGAUGGUGGAGCUGACAAGGAUGAAGAAGACUCUGAGGGGAGAAGGGCCUUGCAUUUUGCAUGCGGAUAUGGCGAGUUGAAGUGUGCCCAAAUCCUUCUUGAGGCGGGUGCUGCAGUGGAUGCUUUGGAUAAGAACAAGAACACCCCGCUGCAUUAUGCUGCUGGCUAUGGCCGCAAGGAGUGUGUCGAUCUUCUUUUAAAGCAUGGUGCUGCAGUCACGCUCCAAAACCAGGAUGGGAAGACACCCAUCGACGUUGCCAAGCUCAACAACCAGGACGAGGCUCUUAAAUUGCUCGAGAAGGAUGCCUUCCUUUAAAUCUCAUGGCUCGCAUAGACACAUGGACUAUUGGUUCCAGUAUAUGAUCAUGUUUCACAUCGGUUGGCUUCGUUUGGAUGGUCAACAUUCAUAUCGGCAUCUUAUCUGUUUGUUCUGUACGAAUUGCCCUGUUAUGGUCUACGGUGGUUUGUGUAUCCCCGACUUCAUUUCAGUUGUUUUCACAAGAUCAAUCGAAAUUGUGUAUCCUCAGUUUACUUUUGGUGUUGCACAGAUAUUGAAGCUGAUAUGCAUGUUGUUUUCUGGACA